AUGGCGUGUCCUUUGGUAGAUGAGGUGGUGGAUGAGGGAGCUUUAGUCUUGCGGAGGGCAUUUCAAAGAGACAGAGUGAAUCUGUCUGUUAGGGAUGUUUCUGUUUCUCUACCAGAUAAAGUGGAGAAUGGAGAGGUGUACCAGAGACGUCGGGGUCCCAACACCGGCCAUACAGAGGAACAGGAAGUGAGUGCGAAACCGCAGGAUCUGACGAGCCAAUCAGAAAGCAGCUGGCGGCGAGUCGUUCUUCUGAUCCUGGCCAUCACCAUUCACAACAUUCCCGAGGGUUUGGCUGUCGGCGUAGGCUUUGGGGCCAUCGGGAAAACUCCAUCAGCGACGUUUGAAAGCGCCAGAAAUCUGGCUAUUGGCAUUGGCAUUCAGAAUUUCCCAGAAGGCCUCGCAGUGAGUCUCCCAUUGCGGGGUUCUGGGGUGUCCACAUGGAGAUCCUUUUGGUACGGGCAGCUGAGUGGGAUGGUGGAGCCUCUGGCGGGGUUGUUAGGGGCCGUUGCCGUGGUGAUGGCGGAGCCGUUGCUACCCUAUGCUCUCGCCUUCGCUGCAGGAGCCAUGGUGUAUGUGGUGGUGGAUGACAUCAUUCCUGAAGCUCAAGUCAGUGGGAACGGUAAGCUGGCCUCGUGGACGUCCAUUCUUGGCUUUGUCGUGAUGAUGUCAUUGGACGUGGGUCUGGGCUGAGCCUUUUCAUUGGUCGAACCUCUGAAUGGCACCCGACUGCACUGAAGUAAAGUGACCAAAGCAGCCUUUUCUGGAGUUUACUGUAGGUUUACUAUUCAAUGGAAUAUUUUUCUACAUAUUUUAUGUCAUUUUUAUUUGUUUUAUGAAUGACUCGUGGACCACAUUUGUUUAGACGGCAAAAAAACUUUAAUUGCAAAAACUUGAAAAAUGAUUAAAACUUGAAUGAAUGACUUAAGGGAUUGUUCAGGUGUGUGUGUGUGUGUGUAUUUCUGUGUACAUGAGAGCUUCCCAUCAUUAAUAUAUGGAGCGUAAGUUCUCAGUAUCGAUGUGCACGACAUUUGAAUGAUAACUCCGUUCAUAACCUUCUUGAAUAAUGCGUUGUUUUUUUUAGCUAGUCUUUCUAGUCAACCAGUCACUUUCAAGUUAUGAAAUUAAAUAAGGGUUUUAUUUUAUGGCAUUUUCUUUUCAAUUGCUGAUAAUUACACAUUAUAUGCUACACAAGUAAGGUAAUAUGCAACAAGUGUGAAUGAAGAUGUAAAAUAAUUACACUGUACAACCUGUUUUUUUUUUUUUCAUUUGUUCUACACUGUGCAAUACAGUGAAUAUUUUCAUUUGAUUGCUUAAUAAACUGAUUGUCUAAUUCCCCUUU